AUGAAUCAAUAUGUUUAUUUUAAUGAUUUGAAAGAAAUGCAACACUAUGCAAGAAAAAAUCAACUUUCCUUAUAUGCGUAUAAGAAAACUGUAUAUAAUUUGACGAGUUAUGCUGAGAAUCAUCCUGGUAGUGAAGCUUAUGUGUAAUAUUAUGAAAAUCAAGAUGUCACGCAUGCCCAAUUCAAUAAGAAGAUUCUCAAAACCCAUAGAGAAAUCAUAUUAGCUUUAUAAGAAUAUAUUAUUGGAUAUAUUCAAAAGCACGAGAAAUAAAUUAUCUCUUUUAAAUCUUCUAAAUCCAUUAUCGAAUAAACGAAAAAAAAAUUAAGAGAAAGCACUGUACCAUUUUAUGAAAACAUACCUGAGGAUUGUUCAAUAACUAAAUUACCCAUACUAACUAUUCAUAAAUAAUUUCACUCACAAAAGUCAAUUAGAAUACCUGAAUGA